GUACACAUUUCCUGUAAACUAACGCUACACGGCGCUGUCAGAGUAAAACUGAAACAAAAUCGUGUCGCUCGUAGGAUAUAACAAAGGAAAAUAAAUAAAUAAUUUAAAAAGCCAAAGAAGAAGACCAUAAACCACUGGUAUAUAAGGACAGAACUUGCUGUUGACUUGAAACGGACCUGUGGCGUGUCGUUGUAAUGUCGGUUGGUUAGCUAGUUAGUGUUAACAGGUCGCUGUGUGAUUUGUUUUAAAUUGACUAUUACAAUCCUACACAACAUUUUUCUGGCGUUUACCUGGUCAUCGCGGUUGACUUGAACCUCUUUUUACAUCUUGGCGAGAUCUAAUUUGCCAAACCAGUACCAAAAUGUCAAAAUACACCACUUUUGCUGAGGCAGCUGAUGAUCAUAAUCCAUUUCAGGAUCCAUCAGUGACUCAGCACAGCAGCAACACUGGCUAUGCCACGCUGGACCUCUACAACCCGUUUGACAACAACACAACAGCUCCUCCACCUCCAUAUGAAGCCACAUCUCCUGCUGCGCCUCCUGCCCAGACGCCUCCCAGCAAGACCACACCAACCGAGCCCAGGAAUUAUGGAUCCUAUGGGACACAGUCUGCAGUAAAUGCCACCACAGCAGAUCUUUUGAGGAAGCAGGAGGAACUAGAAAGAAAAGCAAAAGAGCUGGAGAGAAGAGAGAGAGAGCUGAAUGCAAAUUCACUUGGGUCUGGAGCCACUCGUCAGAAUAAUUGGCCCCCAUUGCCCUCCUUCUGCCCGGUGGGACCGUGCUUCUAUCAGGACAUUAAUGUGGAGAUUAGCCAAAACUUCCAGCGCACUGUCACCACUAUGUACUACUACUGGAUGUUCACAGCAUGCACUUUGCUCUUUAAUCUCAUCUCCUGUUUGGCUAUGUUCUGUGUGGAUCCCAAUAAUGGAGUUGGUUUCGGCCUUGCCAUACUCUGGGUUCUCCUCUUCACCCCCUGCUCCUUUGUUUGUUGGUACAGGCCUGUGUACAAAGCCUUCAGGAGUGACAGUUCCUUCAACUUCUUUGCAUUUUUCUUUGUCUUCUUCGCCCAACUGGUGCUUUAUAUUUUGAUGACUAUCGGUAUCCCUGGCUGGGGCUUCAGUGGCUGGAUCGUGAGUUUAGCCGCUCUUAGCAAGAACAAGGCAGUGGGUGCGAUCAUGAUGAUAAAUGCUGUGCUCUUCACUGCUCAGGCGGCUAUGGGAGUGGUGUUGCUCAAGAGGGUUCAUUCUAUGUACAGGAAGACCGGAGCAAGCUUUCAGAAGGCCCAGGCUGAGUUAACUACCAGUGUGCUUUCCAAUCAGGCAGUGCGCCAGGCAGCCACCAAUGCCACUGUUUCUGCCGCACAAGGCGCCUUCACCGCACCCCGGUAGAGAGACCUGAAUGAAAGAAAAGAAAUGAUGUGAAGAACCUUAUUGUUUACAGAGCCUGGAGACAAAGUGACUUAUUCUAGCACUGGCAGAGUUGGAAACCAAAGCACUUACCCUAGACUCCUCUAGCAUGCAUGUCAAGAUACACAAACUCAUAUCGAUUAUAAAACAGUGAAUUUCUUUUUGUAUUUGUUGGUCUGAGAAUUAGGCCCAUUAGUUCAGACAUGCAAAAAGGAUCUAGGUGUUGGUUGAUUUCAAAUUAUGGCUUAUAUGAAUGUUGUCUAUGAGGAUCUUCUUUCAACUAAUACAGUAGUCUUUCCAUUCAUCAUGCUAGAAAAAGUCACUGGAACCAUUUGUCAAGACCGUAAAAAUACCUGAUACCACAGGCUUGUAAGUCUAAGGUACAGCAGCCUUGCAGAUUUAACAAAGUGCCACAGUCUGCCUUUGCUUUUCCCUUGACUUCUUUCUUUGUGUAAAUAGCUGCACAUGGCAAGGAAAGGGAAAUAUUCAUUGCCAUAGAAUGGAGGUUGCUACUUAGAACCUGUGAAGUUUAACUUGCCAAAUGUUUUUCUUAAAAGAGAGAAAUCCCACAGCAUAUUUUAGAGAUUCACAAUUCUGUUUAUUAGUCUGUUGGUGGAUGGAUUUCUUGUUUUGAUGCAGUUAUACACGACUAAUAUUUUAUUUUCAUUAGUUGAAACAGGUAAAUUCAAUUUGUAAAUACUGAAUCAAACUUCAUACCUUGAUAUAAAACUCAAAAUGUUUUAUCAAAAUGUGGUUGUGGUCUAGCGGAGAUUGGUGCGGUUAUCAGUGGCCAACUUAUUUAUGUUGCUUUUGUGAUUUGUAACCUUUUCUUUGUGAUUUGUAACACAAUAGUAUAUACCUAAAUUAAAGUAUUUUAUUGGUUGUUUCACUGUUAUUGUAUUGCUGCUGUAUGUUCUUGUAACUUCACUGUGUUAUUUGUUUUAUUAAAGUUCAUGAAUAUGCAUCUUA